UUCUUCAAAGACAAAAUAAAGUUAAUUUAUAUCAUAAUGUACACGUAUUUUAACCUUAACUUAAAGGAAAAUUAAUACACUGCGUCAAAAAUAGAUUGAUUAAAGGUUGGCUAAAAAAUUAAUCUGAACGUAAAUUGACCGCGUUCGUUAAACCUUAUAUCGUGUUUAAUCUAGAGAAAAGAUUAAUGGAUCAGGGUGUUAGUAUGUCGCUUGAUUUCUGGUCAACCAAAUAAAUGUCCCGAAUUGAACUGCAAUACAGUGUGUUUCUUCAUUUCGUGUUGUUUACAUAAGAGAGCGUUUGGCGCAUUGCAACUGCAUGAGGAUUUAUAUAAAGGUUAAAUAGUUGGGUUGAUAAAUUGCUUGAUUGCCAAAUUCAUUUGAUUUCGGAAGAGAGAUUUAUGAAUAGUAGGAUAGUAAUUACUACUGCUAUGUGUCAGUGAGUGAAAUGGGUAAUAGUAAAUCCAGCACCACGACCCCGCGGUCUAUCCAGAUAAAGGUCCACUCCAUCACCGGAACCUCUACGGGAAACGCAUCCAACUCAGAGCAAACUGAUGACGUCAUUCCGACUAAAGAUCCCGACAACGGGUCGCGGCGAUCUAAAUCACGUGGUGUUGUGACAACCAUACAGGAGGAACAAAUCGACAACUUGGUGGAUCCUAUUGGUGAUAGGUCACAACCUUUGACCUCAGAUUCAAAGACCGAGGUCGUGUGUCGGGAUUUUGAUUCUCGGAAUGAGAGCGUCGCCAGAGAGAUCCGUCUGCUCUCGGUAACCCCGAGUUACUCGUUGACUCCGUGUGGAGGUCGCGCUAGUCAGAAAUACCGCAAAAACAGUGACAUCAUCAUGCUCUCAACAUCUCCAGAGGAAGAUAGACAUAUACACCAUGAAGCUAUAACGCCCGAGAUAGCCGAAAGUGAGCACGAGGAACAACUUGAAAACCCAUGUACAGUGUUUAACGACGAGGCUAACAUAGAUCACAAUGGGAAUCCCAGAGAAACUGAAAUAACGUCACUCGCUGACGUCACUGUUCUUUUCGAGAAACAUUGGUCAGCCUCGUCUCCGAGUGACGUCAUGCCGUGUUGGAUACAUGGAAUGACGGCGUUGGCCGAUGGAUGCGUUCUAAUCCUAGACCUGAAUAACAAUGCCCUAAAGCUGUUUGACGAAAAUCAAACCUUCGUUCACUCGGUGUCUGUGUCUGAGGAAUGCAUUGGGAUCAGCUCUGUCUAUGGCAAUGAGGUCGCCAUUACGUGCGGGAACGAGAUCGUGUUUUAUUUUGUUGACAAAACGAGUUUUGUGUUGCAGCAGCGAUGCUUCAAACUCAACGGACAAGGAUUUGGUAUUUGUUUUUCGCAUAAAAACUACGCAGUGACAUGCGAUAUUCACAAGACCAAUGGGACCGUGAGAAUUCUAAACGAACGCGGAAAACAACGUUAUGUCAUCAAAAGCUGUAAGGUAUUCGGAAAUGUACUAAAAAUGUCCAAGUUUGUACAAAUAGAUCCUACUCUAGACGUUGUUUAUAUUUCUGAUGCUCAAAAUGGUCGCAUUGUGAGUUUCACGUUUGACGGACGCGCACUGUGGUAUUGUGACGUCAGUCAAGAGCCGACAUCAAUAAUAUCUAUUCAUGGUUACCUACUUUUGGCCGACUUUCGAGGACACCAAAUAAUUCAAGUGGGUAUCGAUGGUCGAGAGUCUCGCGUGCUUCUGACCGAUGAAAACGAGAUUUGGAGUCCAGAUUACAUCAUAUAUAAUUCCAAGACAAAACAACUGUUUAUAAACUCUCCAGAAAAUGUUCUCGUGUUCAAAUUUCUUUAAUGUCUUUAUACUACAUAGUACAUGUACAUGUAACAAUUAAAGACACAUUGUAUUUCUUAAAUAUACUAAGUAGACCUUUACAAUGUCAUGCUGUAAAAUUUGAGUUUACAUAACGGGAAAGCAAGAAAUUAAAUUUCUUGCAUGUAGGUUUACUUCUAUAAGUUAAUAAUAAAAAAAUUAUUUACCACCCCGAUUUUCUAGGAGUCGCCUUGAAAGUAUCAAUUUUUACUAUGGGUUCCUAUGGGAUUUUGUUGGAAAAACGUUAUUUUUUUCACAUUUCCCCAUAUUGUUUGAAUUUCUGUCCUAGAGUUUUAUAUUUCUUUCAAAUAUAUGAAAACUAGACUGUAAAAAGUCAUC